AUGGAACAGGAAUGCUUCUUAUGCCAGCUGGAUACUCAGGCCAAGCAACUCGGGUCACCGUCCGGCUAUGACGAGCAGGCUGCCUCUGACUGCGCCUCGAUCACGUCCGGCUGUGCCGCUACCAAUCUGUCCGGGCCAGUAUGCAACACUGGCAGGAAUUACACCAUCCAAGAUGGCGACUUGUGCAACUCGAUUGCCGAGGCGCAGGGCGUAUCGACUCCGGCCCUCAUCAACCUCACUAACAUUGAUGCGGGCUACGACGGGAUUCCUCCUGUUGAACUCAAGCACACAUUGCGGCAAAUGGUACUUUGUCAAAGAAAAGCGGUACUUGCGCGUCCAUCUUGGUCGCGUUCACCCGCGGAGCCUACACAGGAGUCUGUGCCUUCGUUUGCCCCUUCAGCACUCAACUCUCGCGUGCCCGAUACGGUCAACUAUUGUGACACAUACAUGAGCCCAUGGCCACAAGAUAUCAUUGUCGCAACCCCCGAGUGCAAUUCCUGUGACUAUUAG